AUGGUCUCUUCUAAGCAUAUUCCGUGGUAUUUGCAGCAAUCAGACUUGGAACUAUCCAAGAAAUUCAAAUUUAUUCAGAAUCAAGAAGACGAGCGAUUGAGGGAGGCGACAAACGGUACAGCAAAUUCUCGUUGGAGUUUAGGUUCUAGUAUACUGGCCAAGAAUGAUAUCAGGAAUCGCUACGUUAACAUUAUGCCUUAUGAAAGGAAUCGUGUACAGUUGGACGUGGUUAGUGGGAACGAUUACAUCAAUGCAUCCUACGUGAAGGUAGAUAUACAUGAUCAAAGUAUUAAUCCCGGUUAUUACAUUGCUACGCAGGGACCUACAAAACAUACUUGGGAACAAUUCUGGCAAAUGUGCUACAAGGAGUGUCCUCAUGAGCAUAUUGUCAUCGUGAUGGUGACACCUCUGGAGGAGUUUGGGAAGGAGAAAUGUUUUCCUUAUUGGCCCAGGAACAGUUCGGAUCCAUUAAAAAUAUCAAGAAAGGUUCAAAACUUGGAUGGGAAGGGUAAUACAAGUGAGUUUGCAUCUUCAUUGGAAAUAAAGUAUGAAAACGGGGAGAAAUAUGGGAAUGAUUACACUUUGACAACGAUGAAACUGAAGCCCACAGAUCCGGCAGUGGGGCCCGAGAAGACCGUAUAUCAUUUUUAUUUCGAUCAAUGGAGGGAUAUGAGGAAACCGGAAGAGAUUGUGCCCAUCAUGCAGCUCUGUAACCAUUCUCAUAUAUUAAAUUCCUCGGGUAAUCCCAUCAUUGUGCAUUGUUCAGCCGGUGUUGGCAGGUCCGGAACGUUUAUAGCUUUGGACCAUCUUACACAUGAAACGAUCGACUUCAGAGAUAUCAAGGACAACACCAUUCCUGCACCUGACGACGAUUACAAGAAGGAUCUGGUCGAGCAAAUAGUGUUGCAAUUACGCGCCCAGCGAAUGAAGAUGGUCCAGAUAAAAGACCAAUUCACAUUUAUAUACCAUGCAGCCAGACGAUUACAGGAGCUGACCGGGUCUAACUGA